CGCACGUGCGCAGCUGCGGCCAGCCGGAGGAACGGAGCCAGUGCUCGGUCGUAGCCACCGCAGAGCGCGUGGACUCUCGCGCGCCCAGGAGGCGGCUACCACUGCUACCGGGGGCAGGGCGGCGGCGAACUCGGGCGCAGUUCUCCGCGUCGCGGAUCAACCGGUUCGUACUCGUCGAGCGUCUUCUCUACAGCUACGCAAUCGCCGGCGAGAGACCAGUGAGUUCGAGGACAUUGGCGGGAGCGAGAAGAAAUCUUCCACAAAGUAUUUCAGUGUCUUAGGCGAUUCCUUUUACGUAGGGAGACGUCUUUGUCCUAUAGAGGACCACUCAUCUAUUUUUCUACUCUCCGAGUCAGAAGCUUAGCGUAGCAACUAUCGUAAUUUUUACGGCAGUCCACUCUUCUGGAGAUUAGAUACGUGCGGGAGGAAAAGAAGUAACGAUUCCUAAUAGAUUAUUUGUGAAAUAUCUCGGAGACUAGUAGCUGACCUCUUCAAAGUAACUGUAUACUGAAAAAUUACUUGUAAAAAAAAGUAUUUUGAACGAAGUGUUGCUACACGCCAUAGGUAUACGCUUGGAAACUUUCACGUAAACGUUAAUAUUUUUGAAUAGAAUAGGGAAGGAAAAAAAGAGAGUAGUGAUACCCAUUGUGUCUUUCGCAAUAGCCGAAGAAAUUAGCUAGAUUAUUUUUUCGUUCGCAUACUGUAUAGAGACUGAGUGGGAGAAGUACUUCAGUUGCACUCGCCGAAAUUGUAUUUCACCCAUCUCGUGUCCAGAGUUAUUUUGUGAUAGAGUAGAGAAUAUAGUGUAGAACUUGUGAGAGAACAAGAAGAGAAUCACCAUUUAAAGCAUUAAAUAACUGCAACCGAGUGGAUCAACAGUGAACCGAGUCUUUCAUAGCCCUCCUCGAGCCGACGGCAGUGAGCGUUAUAAAUAUUUUCUUAAGUGAGAGGGAAGAUCUCGCACGUGUGCUCUUGAGAGCGUGCCAGCAGCAGUCAGCUGGCCAGGGCAGCGGCAGUGGUGCGCAGCGGGUGCGAUAUCAACAGGCAGGCAUCUGUUGCUCCGCCGGGGGGAUAGGGCAGCGCGUCGCGCGUGAGCCGGCCGGAGGCGGAGCGGCUAUGACGCGCCGGGCCGACCGCUGACCACUAGCUAGUUGGACAGCCAUGGCGCUCUCGCAGCAGCAGGUGCUGCAGCUCCGCGGCGACGAGCCGUGCGCGACCUCGGACUCGGAGUCGGACGUGGCCGAGCUGUCCGACCUCGAAGACGACGCCGGCCUGCCGCCGGGCGCCACCAGCAGCGACGAGAACGACGACGACGACGACGACGACGACGAGGAGGAAGAGGAGGAGGAGGAAGAGGAGGAGGAGGAGCUGCCCUACCCGGGCUUCGUGCCCAUCGCGCUGCGCUACCUCGACCAGCACACGCGCCCGCGCAGCUGGUGUCUGCGCAUGAUCACCAAUCCAUAUCCUUUUUUCUGCAAUCUCUGCUGCCUGCCCGCCGUACAAGCAACACAGUCGUCUUAUGUUACGGACAAGUUCUCAGUCGUCUAUGUGUUCGGCUAA